AUGAACCACGCUUGCAACGCCCGUGGUGCCUGGGGUUCCGGUGUGGCCGUCGCCUUCAAACAAAAGUACCCUUAUGCCUUCCGCAAAUAUAACGCACACUGCCUCUCGCCACCUACGGGCUCCAAACUCUCCGUCAAACAACACCAAGCCAAUCUCGUCGGCACUACCCUUCUUGUCCCCCCUCCCACCGCCACCAAAGAGCGGCAAGCGUCCAAGACGCCUCACUAUAUAGCCUGCCUUUUCACCUCGCUAGAUUACGGGAAAAAGGUCUCGCCAGCUAAGGAAAUACUAGAAAACACGCAAAAAGCCCUCGCUGACCUAGCAAAUCAAAUCGCAGAAAUAAGAGGAUCGGAUGAAGACGGGGGGCAAGAAUUGGGAAGUUGCUAUGCUGUGCGGAUCAACAGCGGACGGUUCGGUGUCGAAUGGCAAAAAACAAAGGCAGUGUUGGAGGCUGGGGAGUUGGAUAUCACGAUUGUCAGACCGGAGGGAGAGGAGAACGCGAGUGGGGCAGGUACUACAGCACGCGAAAAGCUUGACCAGCCUCCCAUGAGGAACGGUGGAGCAAAGGGUAGCAAGCCUCCCAAGGCAGCUAGACCGAAGGCUGAGAGGCCUCUUGCUAAGCAGAUGGUGGUGGUGAAGCGGAAGGUUCAAGCUGAUGUUGACGGGGAUGACAACAGUGGUCGCGAGAAUACGACGGGGAAACAGACCGCACCACUGCAAUCGAACAUUGCAAAGCGGAGGAAAAGGCUUGGUUCGGACGGGUAG